CUCUAAAAAUAUCUCUAAACACAAUACAAUACCACUCUCAUUAAGACAUAGAAUCUCUUAAAACACAAUUACAACACUCUCCUCCUUUUCUUCUUCUCCUCCUCCUUCUUCUUCUUCUUGAGAAACAAAAUGAACCCAUUUGUCUCUUAACCAAAGUUUCUCUCUUUUUCCCUUCUCUCAAUUUGAUUCCAUAUCACAACCCAAGGACUAUCAAACACAAAGAACACCAUCACCACCGUUGAUCAUCAUCAUCAUCAUCAUAAUCAUCAUGAGCAGCCUAGAAGAGUCGAUGCGAUCUCUCUCCCUUGAUUACCUCAACCUCCUGAUCAACGGCCAGGCCUUCAGCGACGUCACCUUCAACGUGGAGGGGCGUCUGGUCCACGCGCACCGCUGCAUCCUCGCCGCGCGUAGCCUCUUCUUCCGCAAGUUCUUCUGCGGGCCGGACCCUCCCUCCGGCGGGCUCGACCCGGUCUCCCCUUCCUCCUCCGGGCCUCGGCCCAUGGGCUCGGGAAGCUCCGCGGCCGGCAGGCCCGGGAAUUCGGCUGUGAUUCCGGUGAACUCUGUUGGGUACGAGGUUUUCUUGUUGCUUCUUCAGUUCUUGUACAGCGGACAAGUUUCCAUAGUUCCUCAGAAGCAUGAGCCCAGGCCCAAUUGCGGCGAGAGAGGGUGUUGGCACACGCAUUGCACCUCAGCCGUUGAUCUUGCUCUCGACACUCUCGCCGCCGCUAGAUCCUUCGGCGUUGAACAGCUCGCAAUGCUCACUCAGAAACAAUUGGCAAGCAUGGUAGAAAAGGCCUCAAUUGAAGAUGUAAUGAAAGUGUUAUUAGCCUCAAGAAAGCAAGACAUGCAGCAACUUUGGACAACCUGCUCCCACCUCGUGGCCAAAUCCGGCCUCCCGCCAGAAGUCCUCGCCAAACACCUCCCGAUCGACGUCGUCGCGAAAAUCGAGGAGCUCCGUCUCAAAUCCUCCCUCGCCCGCCGCUCCCUCCUCCCCCACCACCACGGCCACCACCAUCACCACCACCACCACCACCACGACCUCGGCGCAGCUGCCGACCUCGAGGACCAAAAAAUCCGCCGAAUGCGCCGCGCCCUCGACUCCUCAGACGUCGAGCUUGUCAAGCUUAUGGUAAUGGGGGAAGGCCUAAACCUCGACGAGGCGCUAGCCCUACAUUACGCCGUGGAGAAUUGCAGCCGGGAAGUAGUCAAGGCCUUGCUCGAGCUCGGCGCAGCGGACGUGAAUUACCCCGCCGGGCCGGCCGGCAAGACCCCGCUCCACGUCGCCUCCGAGAUGGUUUCGCCCGACAUGGUGGCGGUCCUCCUCGACCACCACGCCGACCCGAAUGUCCGAACGGUCGACGGUGUCACUCCACUCGACGUUCUCCGAACCCUAACUUCCGAUUUCCUCUUCAAAGGAGCUGUCCCGGGAUUGACUCACAUCGAACCGAACAAGCUCAGGCUUUGCCUUGAGCUUGUCCAAUCGGCUGCUUUGGUUCUCUCGCGUGAAGAAGGCAAUAACAAUACAAAUGCGAAUUGCGGCAACACCAAUAGUAACGCUUCUCCUACAGUUAUUUACCCUCCGAUGAAUGAAGAGGGGAAUAUCGAUUCCAGGUUGGUUUAUCUCAAUCUUGGAGCCACGCAAAUGGGAGGGUCCAGAAUGGACGGUGACGAUGAUAGCAGUCACAGCAGUGGCCACAGAGAUCAUCAUCAUCACCAUCAACAUCAUCAAGGCAUGAACCCGGCAAUGUAUCACCACCACUCUCAUGACUUCUAAAUUAUUGAUAUUAUUGAGCUUAAAAAUCGUAAUAUUACUUUUCCACUCUAUAAUAUGAUCUCUACAUAUAUCUUAGUUU